AUUGAAACCUUCCAAUAUUAUCAAUCCAAAAUACCUCAACUCACAAUUUUGAACUGAACCAACAUGGCAGGAUAUGGAAAAGUCUUUGUCAUGUCCUGUUGCAGAACAUGGAGUGGAUGAUACAGACUUCCUUCCUAUUGUACCACCAGAGCCAUAUCCAGGAUACUACAAGUUUUUGCGGGAAUGUACCAAACAUAUGACGCCGCCGUGUGCUAAAGAGAUCUUCGCCGGUAUGUUCCGCGAUAAGCCUCUCACCAGAAAUUGUUGCAGACACUUAGUGCAUAUGGGACAUGAUUGUCACAAUGGAUUGGUGAAAUUUCUGCUCCUAAACCCGCGCCUUAAAGAAAAUGCUUCCAAGGCAUAUCCUAAGAGUUUGCAAAUACGGAAAGAGUGUGUCUCAACCGUUGAUGUGGAUUCACCUGCUCCUGCGGAUUAAUCUUCUUCAUUACACUAAAUGAUCUGGUCGUUUGUAUGCAUAAACCUUGAACCUACUAAUUAAUUAAAAUUUUACUAUUUUUCUCAAGUA